UUGAAUUAAAACGAGAUGUAUUGUAUUUAUUUAUGAAUAGAGCGCGCCCUCUAGCGGUUGAAGCCCGCAGUAACGCCACCGCUACUCAUAAGACUUCCGGUUUCCGGUUAGAAUCAUUCAGUCCAAGAUGGCGGACCUCCUGGGCUCAAUCCUGAGCUCGAUGGAAAAACCUCCAACAGUCGGCGACCAGGAAAGCCGCCGCAAAGCUCGAGAGCAGGCGGCUCGCAUGAAGAAGAUGCAGGAGGAUGAGAAGAGGAAGAAAGCAGAGUUUAGGAAGAAGAUGGAGAAGGACGUGUCUGAUUUCAUCCAGGACAGCGCUCUGAAGAAGAAGAAGUACGACCCCAUGGGGAAGAUCGAGAGGAGCAUCCUGCACGAUGUGGCCGAGGUGGCCGGUCUGACCUCGUUCUCGUUCGGGGAGGAUGAAGAAAGCAGAUACGUCAUGCUCUUUAAAAAGGAGUUUGCCCCGUCGGAUGAGGAGUUGGAGGCGUAUCGUAGAGGAGAGGAGUGGGAUCACGCCAAAGCCGAGGAGAGACGCAAACUGAAGGAACAGGCAGCGCUGGAGGAGGAAGCAGCCAGUCAGAGUCAGAAGAGACCGUCGUCUCCCAGCUCCAACUACAGAGACAAAUACAGCCAUCUGAUUGGCACGUCUGCUGCUAAAGACGCCGCCCACACGCUGGAGGCCAAUCGUGCAUACGGCUGCGUUCCUGUGGCCAAUAAGAGAGACACGCGCUCCAUCGAGGAGGCCAUGAACGACAUCCGGGCUAAAAAACGCCUCAAGAGAGGAGAAGAGGACACCGGGGCCGGCAGCCUGUGAAACGUGUGUGUGUGUGUGUGUGUGUGUGUGUGUGUGUGAGAGAGAGAGAGAAUCAGGGUGUGUAUUCAUAGAUGUGUCCCUGUACAGUAUUGUACUCUUUAGCAAUAUCUCCCUGAGGGCCUGUGGGACGUGUGUGUGUGUGUGUGUGUGUGUGUGUGUGUGUGUGUGUGUUUAGCCAUCACUCUGGCCUUGUCUGCUGCUUCUACCCUCCUCAUAGUGUGUGUGUGUGUGUGUUUUAAAGCUCGUUAGUUUAGUGGAUUUUAUUUCUCCGUGUCUUCCUGAUGUGAAGUUAAGGCACAUUUUUUUCUAAACUGACACUUUUUCUUAGUUUUUAGUGUGUUAGUUAAAUAAAGCGAUGUGUAAAGGCAAAAUUUGGCUGUAAAGGUCUGUGUGCAUCACGGAAAUGGUCGUCUAGUCCAUAUUUGGGAAUGUGGGUGUGGCUACGUGUCUGUUUCUGGAAAUGAGAGACGCUCCGAGUAAAUGUGCUUAGGAAGUAAUGACUAAAAAAUAAAAUGUGGGUGUGUCAUUGAGGUUACAGAUGGAAAUGUGGGUGUGUCAUUGAGGUUACAGAUGGAAAUGUGGGUGUGUCACUUGGGGGCCAUAUAUGGAAAUGUGGGCGUGUCUAAAUGUUAGUGAUCAGAGGCCAGAGAUUGAAAUGUGGGCGUGUCUUUGAGUCCAUAUAUGGCAGUAUAAGGAAGUCAUAUAUAGACAAAGCCACGCCCACCGGUCUCUCCUCAGACAGAUCGUCCUCGAUUUAUGGCACAACAGCAAAAAGAUUUAGGUUUUUGUGUUUUAUUGAGUGUUUAACGCCGUUUUAUCCAAACUCAUGCUUCUGGAGUUACUGCCUCCAGUGUGUUCAUGUGAAGUGUGAAUCUUUUUUUUUUUAAAAAUGAUAACAGAUCAAUUAGACCAGACUUUAUAUCAGCUUCAGAUAGUUCCUGUGCUAGAAAUAAGGAUUUUAAUCAAUGGUGCAUGUUCAGAUAUGAAACAAACAGUUUGGUGCAGUAGGAUAAAACUUUUUAUUGUCAUCGCUGAGUCAGUAUUCAUCACUAAAUUCUGUUUUGUUCAUAUUUGAUACAGCAAGCAAAUCAGAAAAACAUGUGGAACCGAAUACUUCCUUCCUAUUUAUAGCAUUUUAAAACCUUCCAUUACUGUUUACCACCGUAAUAUAAAAUAAAUAUAAAGCUGAAAGGAGUCUGUGUCAGUGACGAAUCCUGUAACUGUCCACAUUUUACACACACUGUAUCUGAGAAGCCUGUUACUCUAACAGACUCGACUCGCAGUUGAGGUUUUAAAUAAAGGAUUAAAUGGUGAAA